GUGUUGGUCGGUGUGCGUGGUGAGAGCGUGAAAAAAACAGCCGGCAGCAGCGGCGGCAACAGCAGCGGCAGAAAAGAAAUAGUUUUCGCAAUAAAAAUAAACGCCAGCGAUAGCUGAAAGUCGUGCCCUGCAUUUUCGCUUCGAGUUCGGUUUACGUUCAGUUUCAGUCAUCAUGUUUUGAUUUGGCCAUCCAGUUAAUUAACGUUCGGAAGCGUUCAGGCGUUGCGUUUAUCAAAAAACCCCCGCCUCCCAUCGCGUGUUUUUCCGUUUAGAUUAAAAAAUACUUCAAAAACCCGAUUUCGACUUGUAGCCCCGCAAAAACAUCAAUUACAAAAUGCAAAAGCUAUUCAGGCGAUUGAUGGACACCCAAUACCUGACGCCGGCCCAUAUCAAUGGAUUCGACAACUACAAGUACAGUGCCAUCGACACUUCCCCGCUGAGUCAGUAUGUGAUGCAUCCCUUUUGGAAUUGGCUAGUCAAGUUCUUCCCGCGCUGGUUUGCGCCCAACCUGAUGACCUUCCUGGGCUUCCUGUUCGGCGCCAUGAACCUGGUGCUGCUGUCAUACUAUGACUGGAACUUUGAGGCCAGUUCCGGGGAGGAGGGCUCCACGCCCAUUCCCUCGUGGGUCUGGCUCUGCACGGGAGUCAACAUAUUUUUGGCCUACACGCUGGACGGUAUCGAUGGCAAGCAGGCGCGAAGGAUUGGAUUGUCUGGUCCGCUGGGGGAGCUCUUCGACCACGGACUGGAUUCAUACACGGCCAUGCUGAUUCCGACCUGCCUGUAUAGUAUUUUCGGCCGGAGCCGGGUGUACUCGGUGCGGCCCAUGAGGAUGUACUACGUCUGCCUGACGGUCUACUUCAACUUCUUCGUCUCGCACUGGGAGAAGUACAAUACGGGCAUAUUGUACCUGCCCUGGGGCUAUGACCUCAGCAUGUGGGGCAGCACGGCCAUGUACCUGGUCACCUGGUGGAUGGGCUUUGAGCGCUGGAAGUUCGAGCUGCCGCUGGGAUCCUACGGCACCCUGCCCUUGGGCAAUGUUAUGGAGGCUGUGCUGCAUGUCAGUGCCAUGGCCAAUCUUCCCCUAGUCAUCAUUAAUGUGUACAACUCCUAUGCGCAUCGCACUGGACGCAUGCUGUCCUUUUGGGAGGCCAUUAGGCCCAUGUGGCCGUUCCUCACCUUCUUCGUCAUCCUGCUGGUCUGGCCAUAUGUCUCGCCGAACGACAUCAUGGAAAAGGAUCCGCGCGCCAUAUUCAUGCUGAGCGGAACCAUCUUCUCCAAUGUCAGCUGCCGGCUGAUUGUCUCCCAAAUGUCCGUGACGAGAUGCGAAGCGUGGCACUGGCAAACGCCCAUGUUCGUCAUGUCCUUCCUAGUCAGCCUGUGGCUGCCUCUGCUGGAGAGGCCCUUGCUGUACAUGCUCCUCAUAGUGACCACCUUGAGUCACUGGCAGUACGGAGCCAGUGUGGUUAACCAGAUGUGCGAGCACUUCAACCGGGUCUGCUUCACUGUUCACAAACGAGUGCCUCAGGAGGAGAUGCUGUCCAAGGGGAAGACUCUGCUGGCAGAAAAGAUCGGCCAGCCAGAGAAACAACAACACGAGGAGUUGUUGAAGAAAAAGGAUUAGGGCAUCGGAUUGCGCGAUUUUUUAUUUAGCUGCGAGUUGAUUUGCAAGUUUUCUGUACAUCGUGGAGGCUGUUUAGUUAAACAAUUCUUGUGAGAUUAUGUAUAAUUUGUCUUAGUUAGAAUAUACUUAAAAUGGACAUUAUCCUAGUGCUACAGUUAUAUUGAAGCUUGUUUCGGCUUUUUCCCAAUGACUAUUUAUGUAAUGCUCUCUUCCAAUGAUAAUUCUUAAACUCUAGGGCUUAAUCCCAACUUGACGUUAUUGAAUUCAAACUCUAUUGACCCACAGUAGAUCAAUUAUACAAGUAAGCAUGACAAGUGAUCUGAUCUGCUGCUUAGAUAUCAAAUAAGUAUUAGUUGAUAGGUUUAUAGUGGCGGCCAGACAAGUUUCAGUCCAUAAACUCAAUUAUGCAAGAACAGAACAGUUUAUAACUUAUUCUAGCCUUUAGAUUUCUAAUUGUAUUGCAAAGGUUACGCAUAAUCCUCAAAACAAUCCUAUAAAGACAACGCUCGCUUCCGCUGACCUUAAAUUAGCAACCGAUAAUUCAAUGUUUUAUAUUCGUCUAGACAUAAUCGAAUUCCAUGCGCUAUGCUUUAUUUAUUUCCAUUGUAUUACUUUUAACUGCUCGGCAAAAGCAAAUACACAUACACACGGUAGCAUCGUUUUUAACUAAAAUAACCGCAAAGACCUCUAAUUAUCAAAACACAUAAACAAAAUCAUUAUUUUUAAAACAAAUCCCAAUGUCAUUGAACUGUAAUGUGUGACGUCGUCCAUAGCGCCACUGCACGCUUUAUUUUGUAUGAAAUCUAUUCAUGUAUCCGCCAGAAUCCCGGGCUUCCUCGCCCCUCACAUUUUGUAAAACACAAGACAGUAUACAAAUAAAACAAAAUAUUUUGAAAUGCUCAAA